AUGGCAUCAUUUUCAGUCGGGGAUGUGCGUCCUGCUAGUGAGCAUGACGUUAAAGUUUUUAGAAAUUUGAUGGAUGAUGAUUCCCAAUGGCGCAAAGUUUUUUCGAAAAAAGGUACUGUUGUAUCCAUGAAAAGAUCGGAUAGCUCUUCGAUUCACAUGGUCAAGGUUAAAACUAAUGUAAAUGGGCUAUCAGCGGCGGACCUUUAUGAUACCUUGAUGGAUCCUGAUUAUCGCAGAGCAUGGGAUAAGUAUAUGGUAGAAGGUUAUGAUCUUUGCCUUGUCAGCCCAAAUACAGACAUCGGUUACUAUCUCGUUAAGUCUUUCCCACCAUUUAAACACAGAGAUUCGGUGACUCUUCGGUCCUGGUUCCAAUUCGAAAAUGAAUAUGUUAUAAUGAAUCAUUCUGUGUUCCAUGCGGCAGCACCCCCUAGGAAGGAAUACGUCAGAGCAAUAUCCUAUUUAAGUGGAUACAUCGUCCGAAAGUCCGGACCGGAUUCGUGCUUCUUCGGAUUCGUAACUCAGUCAGAUCCAAGAGGUAAAUUCCCCUCCUGGGCUGUAAACCGGAUAGCGCAAAUCAUUGCUCCAAAGACGGUGUCUGUGCUGAUAAAGGCGGCGCGAGCCUACCCAGAGUGGAAGGCGCAGAACUCGCCGACAGUGAAGCCAUGGAUUUUUCCAGAACAGAACAAGCUGGAGCCACUGAACGCAUCAGACGUGCUCUCCUUGCCAGACGUGAAUAUCGCAGCGGUAGACGAGGAUGAGCAGCGCCAGGUUACCGAUGAGGCGCCCCCCCUCGCCGACCUCGGGGACUCCACCUCUAGCCUCGGUGAUUUCGAGGAUGAUGCGGACGAAAAAGUCAUCAAGGAGGAGGCCAUUGUGCCCCAGAGCGCCCCCGGGCCCGUCCAGCAAUCAGUCACCAUUGGCUGA